AUAUAUAUACGUAAUGAAACCAUAUUAAGUUUUACUGAAAGAUGAGUAAUAACAAUCUAAGUUACAAAUAAAUUGCAAAUUUAUAAUGAUGUAAUGACAGAACAUUUGUUGCUUUUGUUUACUUCACCAACUCUUCAACUGGGAGUUGCAGGAAGAAAAUUACUACAUUUUAUUGAAGAAAGGAAUAUCAUUGCUGGUGGCAAUGAUUCCAUUUCAAAUUGCUGAAAAUUUAUUGUUAAUCAAAUCAUGCAGAUUGUUAUUUCAUUAGUUUAUAUUUUUUAUUGUAUUUUACUCAUUUUGUGAUAAAAGAAGAAAUAUUAGGCUGUUGCAUAUUGAAUGACCAGUGUUAAGAUAUACAAAGUCAACAGUGAAGAAUAUAUUAGACUAGUAUUAUUUUCAAUAGAUAUUGCAAAUUGAACAUCCUGUAUUAAACUAGUCAUUCAAUUACAACAUCCAGUAUUUGUGCUCAUUUUAAAAAUGGUUGCUAAUAAUUUCAAAUUGUAAUUAUAUAAUUUUAAUGAAUUUAAUGUAAAUACAUAAAUUGAUAUGUACAAAAUUAAUGAUACAACAUAGAGUUCUCUGAGAAAGGGCGAAUUGAAUCAAAUUUCUCGAAUUAUUUACUAACCGAAGUGAAGCAAUUCAAUUCAUUGUUCCGUCCAUUGUUAUAGUGUAAUAAAUCAUUUGCGAUAUUUGUAUUUAUAUAUUAAAUUAUAUACACGUCGUACAUAUGUGUAUACUUAUUUAUCUCGACGAAAUAUAUACACAUUAUAAAGUAAUGUAAUUGGCGAUGUUAUAUUGCGAUUUAUUUCGUUGUAUUGUUUUGUUUCGAUCGAACAAUCGAAUAAAGUUUAUAUUUGCAUUAUCGGUUUAAUAAACCGGAAUCUUACAGAGAAUCUUGUUCUCGAGAAAUGGAAGCACGACAUAGUAUAUUACGAAAAAAGAAUAUUGAAAUCACAAUAAACACCAUCCAGAAUGUUAUUAAAAAGGAAGACAUCUCUUUAUCAUUUAUAGUGGAACAUGAUGGUAACAUCUUAGGAACAAGUGACCCAAUAAUAGUUGCAUCAGACUGUGAAGAUAUGGUUUACAAAAUUGAGUUUACUGCUACUUUGUCAGUUUCUCUGAACACCAAACAAAGUCUUAGUACAAUUGUAUCGACACCAGUGCUAAUAAAAGCUAUGCAGACUGUAGAAAAUGGCCUAGAUGAGAGAGCCAGUAUAUCAGAUACAGGAACUAAAAAAAAAUCAGUAUUUACUUUCAAAUCCUCGUCUCAUUCUAUAUUAACAAUGUUAGGAAUUUGUAAUCUUGAUUUACUACCAACAAUAUUAGGAGAAAAAGGUUAUACAGAGAAGUUAAUACUAGAAACCCCAAAAUUUUCCAUGGAUGGAACAUUAGUUUCUUGGCAGAAUCUUCCACUAGUGACCGUGACUGUUUAUCAAGAUAAUGUUUCUUUCUUUGAGUCAUAUGAUACCAUGAAUUUUCUAAACAUCACCAUUGAAAGUAUACAUAAUCUUCCGCAAACUUUCACUGAAAAUAUGCAGUAUAAAGCUGGUACCAUACAAUACAUUGAUGAUGAGGUUCCUGAGAACAUCAUUUUUGAGAAUGGAGCAUGGACAAAAUAUCGCGACGUCGAGAGAACAAAACGAUGGAACACUUUACAAUUUUUAGAGAACCGAGCUCAAUUGUCAAAAUAUAAACUGGAUUGCGAUUUUAUGGGCGUGAGGAAUCCAUUUAAAGAAUGGUUUAAUCUGACGGAUAAGGUGUGCGAGGAUGUACCACGGAUAGAAUGGAAUUCUUUAAACAGAUCUCUCAUAUGGACAUCAGGAAUUGAAGCUAUGAAAAAUCAUAUUAUAAAAUAUAGAUAUUGGCCCUUCCAAAUCUUGGUUACUGGAAGAGGUGUUCCAUCAAAAUCGUCAACAGCACUGUAUCAAUGCGCCAUUGAUGUGUCAGAACUUCUUUUCCCAGGAAGAAAACGUUGUCGAGUUAGAAACGGCGCAGAGAGUCGAAAGACAAAGACAAAAAGAGCAGAACGUCAAAGACUCAGUGAAAUGGUCACCAAACCAGACAAGAUGCCGUCUUAUAUAUACACCAGCGACUUAGCUGAAAAACAGUUCAUGACUUGCAUUCAAAAAUUGAGCGAACACAUCACCGAAUGUUACCGAGAUUUCUGUGAGGAAAACCAGCGAACUGAAGAAAGAACAGAAGAAGAAAAAUAUUGUUUUAAUCCUAAUGCGGACGAAAUAGAAUGUUUCACUCAAUAUCUUUAUAAAACUGGGGAAUAUUUGGCUAUACGUAACACUUUAAGAUCAAAAGUUCCUUUAUUGUUGGAUCAAAAAUUUAAUAUGCCUGCUAACUUGGUUGAUUCCAACGAAGCCCAAAAUUUCAUUGCGUCGAUAUACACGUACUUGGCGGAACAAACGCGUAUCGCAUUAAAUAAAAUUGUGGAAAACCGAUUUACGCAACAGACGAGUCAUUUAGUAAAUUCAAAGCUAAUAUAUUUUUAUGCUGAAGAAGCUUAUGAACUCGGAAAAUUGGAUAUUGCUAGAGAAUAUUACACGACGAUAAUAGAGUCGAAUAAAGCUAAUCCAGAUUCAUGGACAAAGUAUGCAAUAUUUCUGAAAAAAAUUGGCGACGUAGAGCGUGCAAAAGAAUGCUGCUUAGAAGCAAUUUCAUUAGACAAACACCAUGCUAUCGCAUUGUUAAUGUAUGCGCUGAUUUUAUUCGAAAAUAAUGAAUACAGAGAAGCAGAAGUUUUUUUGAAAGCCGUCACUAAUUUUUAUCCACGAUUUUUUGAAUGCUGGGGUAUUUUACACAUUUUUUAUAUACGAACAGAAUAUUAUCCAGGAAUAGAUCUGACACUUCGGAUAGCAGAAAAAUGUAUGACAGACAAGAACCGAGAAGUAGUUCUUGAUCAAGAACCACUUUCAUGGACCAUGAUUCACUGUCCUCCGGAUAAUAUAUACUUAUUAGUGGCGACAUUUUUACUAAAAUUGCAUUUCUGUGAGUUUGCAGGGAUCGCACUAGCACAGACAAUGUUAGAUUGCGAAGCAUCGACUGAUACCUUAUAUUACCUAGCAGUGGAGCAUUAUUUGUCUGGCAGAUAUGAAGACACAUUAUCCCAUUUGAAACAGAUUGAAUGUUCUUUUGGAGUAGAUUUUUCAGUCAGUAGCUUAAUGGGCCAUUGUUAUCUAAAAAUGGGUGAUGAAGAGAAAGCUGUAGAAUAUUAUGAUUUCGCUUGUAUGCUAUUUGAUAGACCUGAAAUGGCACAUUUAGUAGAAAUUAGACUUGGAUACCAUCAUUAUAAUGUCGAUAAAUUUGAUUCGGCAAAGAAGAUGUUUCUGAAUGCAUGUAAAGCCUCACCAACCUCGCAUACCUGGCUAGGAGUUGGUAUGUGUUGCUAUGAGCUUGAACAGUUUAAAGAAGCUGAGAUGGCUCUGACAGAAGCAAAUCUAAUUGAUAAUAGUAAUCCAGACACAUGGGGCUAUUUGUGUUUAUUAAAUAUGACGCUUGAAAGGUAUGAUGAGUUCGUCCAGUGUUAUGCAGAAAUGAUCAAGAACAAUCUUAAAAAUAAAAAACUGUGGCUGAGAAUAACAAAUAUGAUGGAGGCUUUGGAUUAUACACCACCAGAUUUAGUGACAGGAACCAAUGAUUUCAACGACAGUCAAAGUAAAGAAGAAUUUGAGGAACAAUUUGAACAAUGAUGGCACUUAAAUGACGAGAAAUAAAGAAUGACACUUUAAAAAGGCAAAUAAUAUUCGAUUAUUGCUUCUUCUUCACUAAAUAUAUAGCGGUGCAAUUUUCAGCCAAUGUUUAGCAAGUGAAUAACAAAAUAUUAUAUAAUUAAAAAAAAAAAAAA